GAAAGAUUUCUGUCACUUACGCGCACUUCAACAAUGACAAUGCAGCUGCUCAACUUUUGCCUUCUAGUAAUUUUGGGACACAUGGCGAUGGGCGUCCCACUCAAGCAAAUUCAGCUCAAACUGGAAGAAAUGCAGAAAGAUUUGGAGAACCUAAACAAAAGUGUGCAGCACCAUGGCCUGAUGCUGAACACACCCCAGACAGAGGAUAUAAAGGAGUGCUGCACUGGUCAUGCAAUGCUGUGCUUCGGUGAGAAACUGGAUGCGCUGGACAGCCAAAAGAGUACCAAAAAACUACUUGGCAGGAGCUUACAGAAACGAAUCAUUCGAGAGAGUGUCAACGAUUGCAGUGAAGAUGACACAAAGAGUGCGAACUGCCCUGCAUGUGACUCCUACCCCCUGAGAGACAGCAGAACAUUUGUCCAAGCGCUCAAAACACUACUUCAGCAGUGCACUGCCAAAGUGGGGUACAGACGGUGAUGUCUGAAUCAGCCCGACACACUACUUCACCAGCCCGGUCCCUGGAGACGCUUCCUCUGCGACACGGGAGACGUUUCCUCCGUGGCAUGGCUCAUUUACACGCCGCUGUUCACAGGCUCUGCGCGGGGACUGGGAACCACCUCUUCUGUGUCCAUUCAGCUGUACUCCACUCAUAUUUAUUCAUUAUUUAUCUAUACAUUGAUGUUGAACAAGCAGGUUAUGUUUUUUACAGAGCAGGAUAUUAUUUUAUAACAUAAUAAUUUAUGUGUGAUUUCUGUCUGAAAAUGAUGUACAGAGGGAAUGUCUUCCCUGAAGCUAAAAUGUCUGCCACUUAUUUUCUCAAUAUGUUGUAUCAGUGUAUCGGCAUAGAACUCCAAUUACCUGAAUCAUACUGUCAUUUUUGUUAAACUAAAUCUGUAUAGGUAUAGAACAGUGUCUUUUUGUCUCUGCACAGUCAAACCUAGCAAAUGACUGUUCUGGGACAAUGUGAGGCAUUCACAGGGUUAACCACAGCUGACUCUUCUGAAAACCUUUCCUUCAGCGCCACCUAUGGACAUGUCCAGUUAGCUCAUAAUUGGUCUGCAACUCAUGUAAUUUAUGCACUCACUCAUUAGUCAUUUUAUUUAUUAUUGAUGCUAUUUAUUUGUGUAUUUAUUUCAGAGAUGCACAAACUAACCUUUUUUGGAUUGCUGAGAUGCAAAUCAGCAAACUGUCCAAAAUGGUUUUAACAAGCUUUGUGUGCCUCCAGUUAAACUCAGUGAAAAAAAAAAAGGUUAUCUCAUAAUGAGAAAUACAAUGUUUGUAUCAUUAUACAAAAUUCUUUAUGUAUUUUUU